CACAUAUACCCGUCGAUUACAAGAUUCAAAUCGACGCACUAGAUUGAGCCCAUUUUCCACAAGCCGGCAAUAUAAAAGGGACACCCCGCCUUACCUUUUAUCACAACCAUCAAGUCAUCUUCUCCAAUCACCUGCAUUUCAGAACCCUAAAUUCUCAUCUCUGCAAAAAUGUCAGGCCGUGGAAAGGGAGGCAAGGGAUUGGGAAAGGGAGGAGCCAAGCGUCACAGGAAGGUCCUUCGCGAUAACAUCCAGGGCAUCACCAAGCCUGCCAUUCGCCGUCUUGCUCGUAGAGGCGGCGUGAAGCGUAUCUCCGGUCUCAUCUAUGAGGAAACCAGAGGAGUUCUCAAAAUCUUUCUAGAGAAUGUGAUCAGAGACGCGGUGACCUACACUGAGCACGCCCGGAGGAAGACUGUGACGGCGAUGGAUGUCGUCUAUGCUCUCAAGAGGCAGGGAAGGACCUUGUACGGAUUCGGAGGGUAGAGCUUCGCAAGUCGUAGAUGUUCAUCUACGAUGAAUGGAGAUGCUUGUCUCAGCUUAAUUUCAAUGGUGUAGUUAGCAAUUUCAUGUUUAUUUUACAGCCGAUUAAUCCGAAGUAGGCUUGUUCCUUGUCUCUUCCAGGAAGGAAUACUUCUUCUUGGGAUAAAUGCAGAUGCAUGUUUCAGCUCAAUUUCAAUGGUGUAGUUAGUGAUUUCAUGUUUAGUUUGUGGCCAAUUAAUCAGAAGUAGGCUUGUUCCUUGUUCAUCGGCCAAUUUGAAGUAAUACUUGUUCUUAACUUGUGAAUCUAAUUCGAUGGUUACUCUUGUCAAUUCAAGAUUGUGUUUAGUAUUGGAUCUUUCUGAGGC